CCCCUCCCCGGUAACUUCCAUAGCAAAUAACGAAUAUUCAUAAAGUCCCUGUCGUACAGCCCUACCCACGGGCAGCGCACUAUGCUGCUUGGAUGGGCGUGUUUGCUCCUGUGUGCGCUCCGCCUGCCCCCGAUAGCAGCUGGCCCCGCAGAGGCACCUGCCCAGGAUAAAGUCCAGCAGGCUCUGGCCGCUGAAACGGACGCCCAGCACCGCCGGCGACGGGGGGAGGAAGAGCAGGAGCGGGCCGAGUCUCUGGGUCACCCGCACCCCGAGGCACAACAGCGCAGGAGCGGCGGACUUGUGCAGAAUAUUGACCAGCUCUACUCAGGCGGCGGCAAGGUGGGCUAUCUCGUAUACGUUGGCGGCCGGAGGUUCCUUCUAGACCUGGAGCAGGAUGAUUCGGUGGGCACAGCUGGCCUCGUGCCCGCAGGAGGCGGAUCGAGAACACCUCGGCGCCACCGGGGCCAUUGCUUCUACCGGGGUAUGGUGGACGGCAGUCCGCGCUCUCUGGCAGUCUUUGACCUCUGCGGGGGUUUGGACGGCUUCUUCGCGGUCAAGCACGCGCGCUACACACUGAAGCCUCUACUGCGUUGGCCCUGGGCCGAGGCUGACGCCGCGCGUGUGUACGGGGAUGGAUCUGCACCGAUCCUGCACGUCUACACUCGCGAGAGCUUUAGCUUCGAGGCGCUGCCGCCGCGCGCAAGUUGCGAGACCCUGGGGUCUCCGCCUCCGGCCCGAGAGCUCGCUCCUACUCGAAAUAGGUCAGGCCGGCGAGCUUCGCUUUUUCCGCAGAUCCAGGACAAGUCCGCGCUCUCACUCUCUGAGAACACAGGACCGCAGACGUGGUGGCGGCGACGGCGACGCUCCGUCUCCCGGGCCCGCCAGGUGGAGCUGCUUCUGGUUGCUGACGCGUCCAUGGCGCGGAUGUAUGGCCGGGGACUGCAGCAUUAUCUGAUGACCCUGGCGUCCAUCGCCAACCGUCUGUACAGCCAUGCCAGCAUAGAGAACCAUAUCCGCCUUGCGGUGGUGAAGGUGGUGGUACUGGGAGACCAGGACAAGACCCUGGAGGUGAGCAAGAACGCAGCCACCACUCUCAAGAACUUUUGCAAGUGGCAGCAUCAGCACAAUCAGCUAGGGGACGACCAUGAGGAACAUUAUGAUGCGGCCAUUCUGUUUACUCGGGAGGAUUUAUGUGGGCAUCAUUCAUGUGACACCCUGGGAAUGGCAGACGUUGGGACCAUAUGUUCUCCAGAGCGCAGCUGUGCUGUGAUUGAAGACGAUGGCCUCCACGCAGCUUUCACUGUGGCUCACGAAAUUGGACAUCUACUUGGCCUCUCCCAUGAUGAUUCCAAAUUCUGUGAAGAGAACUUUGGAUCCACAGAAGAUAAACGCUUAAUGUCUUCCAUCCUAACCAGCAUUGAUGCUUCCAAACCCUGGUCCAAAUGCACGUCAGCCACCAUCACAGAAUUCCUGGAUGAUGGCCAUGGUAACUGCCUGCUAGACAUACCACGAAAGCAGAUACUAGGCCCAGAAGAACUUCCAGGGCAGACAUAUGAUGCCACACAGCAGUGCAACCUGACAUUCGGGCCUGAGUACACGGUGUGUCCUGGGAUGGAUGUCUGUGCACGUCUGUGGUGUGCAGUGGUGCGCCAGGGUCAGAUGGUGUGUCUGACCAAGAAGCUGCCUGCCGUGGAAGGGACACCGUGUGGGAAAGGGAGGAUCUGCUUACAGGGCAAGUGUGUGGACAAAACCAAGAAAAAAUAUUACUCAACAUCAAGUCAUGGCAACUGGGGGUCCUGGGGUUCCUGGGGCCAAUGUUCUCGUUCUUGUGGAGGAGGAGUUCAGUUUGCCUAUCGCCACUGCAAUAACCCUGCACCCAGAAAUAAUGGUCGUUACUGCACAGGAAAGAGGGCUAUCUACCGCUCCUGUAGUGUGGUGCCCUGCCCACCCAACGGUAAAUCUUUUCGUCAAGAGCAGUGUGAGGCCAAAAAUGGGUAUCAGUCUGAUGCAAAAGGAGUCAAAGUCUUUGUGGAAUGGGUUCCCAAAUAUGCAGGUGUCCUGCCAGGAGAUGUGUGUAAACUGACCUGCAGAGCUAAGGGAACCGGCUACUAUGUGGUAUUUUCUCCAAAGGUGACCGAUGGAACUGAAUGUAGGCCAUACAGUAAUUCUGUCUGUGUUCGAGGAAAAUGUGUGCGAACUGGCUGUGAUGGCAUUAUUGGCUCCAAGCUACAGUAUGACAAGUGCGGGGUCUGUGGAGGAGACAACUCCAGUUGUACAAAGAUUAUUGGAACCUUCAAUAAAAAAAGUAAGGGUUACACAGAUGUUGUGAGGAUUCCAGAAGGGGCAACCCACAUUAAAGUCCGACAGUUCAAAGCCAAAGACCAGACCAGAUUCACUGCCUACUUAGCCCUGAAAAAGAAAAAUGGUGAGUACCUUAUCAAUGGAAAGUACAUGAUCUCCACUUCAGAAACGAUCAUUGACAUCAACGGAACCGUCAUGAACUACAGUGGUUGGAGCAAUAGGGAUGACUUCUUGCAUGGAAUGGGUUACUCAGCCACAAAGGAAAUUUUAAUAGUACAGAUUCUUGCAACAGACCCAACUAAAGCAUUAGAUGUCCGUUACAGUUUUUUUGUUCCCAAGAAGUUGACACAAAAAGUCAACUCUGUCACCAACCAUGGCAGCAAUAAAGUGGGAUCACACACAUCACAGCUGCAGUGGGUGACAGGCCCAUGGCUCGCCUGUUCUAGGACCUGUGACACAGGCUGGCACACCAGGACGGUGCAGUGCCAGGACGGAAACCGAAAGUUAGCCAAGGGAUGUCUUCUCUCUCAGAGGCCUUCUGCAUUUAAACAAUGUUUGCUAAAGAAAUGUUAGCCUGCAUUUACAGCUUGUGCACAAUGAUAACUGGAUAAUCAAUCACUGAU